GCUCUCUCACUGGAUCCGCAAUCUAAAUCGAUCCAGAGGCGUUCGCGUGACGCCGGUGAAAAAGGUCCUUGAAAGUUAUCCCAGCGCUUGAUCCAAAAGAACCCCCUCAAAGCUCCUCUCUCAUAUUCUCUAAAUAGAUGUUCACACUAGUAUUCAAAAUGAAAAUUGUUCACAUCUUAUCCCCUGGCAAAUAGUAUUCAAAACGAGAAUCCAUAUCUCAUUGCGUUGCUUGCUCCUGACUCUGCUCAAUCUCAUCUCAACCUCAUCUCUAAACGAACCAAACCUUUCCUCCACGCCAAACCUUUCUUAACAGGGAAAGUAUAAGGGAAGUCUCUCUCCUCUCCUAAGAGAAGCUUUUCUCGUCUUCGGUAGCAUAACAAAAUGGGUCGUAUCGUCCGUGGUCAGCGUAAGGGUGCCGGUGGUGUCUUCAAGGCCAAAACCAAGCACCGCAAGGGAGCCGCCAAGCUCCGUUGCCUCGACUAUGCCGAACGUCACGGGUAGUUUUUCUUGAAUUCUCUGCGUUAGCAAACCUAUAUUUGCUAUGGUUUUUUAGAUUUUUGGAUUCGGAUUUUAUGAACUGAUGGCAGAACAAAUCAGAAUGUUGUAGAAAAGUGCUGACGACCUUCUAAAACAUACGAGUCUCUUUCCCUAAAGAUUUAGAUCAUAAAUUUUGUGCACUCAGAGAAUUCCCGGUGAUUCCCUCAUGAUAGUACGUUUCUUUUUAUGCUAGCAAAAUGUCUAAAUACUCUCUACCGAAAAAUCUCUAACUCCAACGUCACAUACCACAAAUCCGAAAAACAGAUAUGUCAAGGGUCUCGUGAAGGAGAUUAUCCACGACCCGGGACGUGGCGCUCCUCUCGCCAAGGUCCACUUCCGCGAUCCGUACCGUUACAAGACCGACAAGCAGCUUAUGGUUGCCGUCGAAGGAACCUACACCGGACAGUUCAUCUACUGCGGUACUGCUCUAAACUUGGAUAGACUUGGGGAUAUCCUCAGAAGUAGCUAGUCUUCUGCAGAUUUUAGGAUCGUUGUGAACUCUAAGUACCAAGUCGUGUGUCGUGUUCGAUCAUUGCCGUCGGAUAAUCUUUAGAUGUUUCACCAGAACGAUGAUCUCAUCAUGAUACUUGCUCCGUCUCGCAGAAUGAGAAGACACUGUAAAAUUAUUAUAUUCCCCUGCUCAACCAAAAUCACAGGUAAAACCGCCCAACUCGCUGUCGGCAAUGUGCUCCCGGUCGGGAAGUGCCCAGAAGGUACCGUUGUCUCCAUGGUGGAGGAUAAGUUUGCUGAUCGCGGUUCCAUCGCUCGUGCUUCCGGAACUUCCUGCAUCGUCAUCGGACACUCUGAGGACGGCAAGAAAUCCAUGGUCAAGCUCCCGUCCGGCACGCGUAAGCGCAUCCCCUCUGGAUCCCGUGCCAUCGUCGGUGUCGUCGCAGGAGGAGGCCGAAUCGAUAAGCCGAUGUUGAAGGCCGGUAUAGCCGAUGUUGAUAGACGAUACCAAAUAUACACAUAUCCUGAGACGUGAAUACACAUUUUUUUGACGUUCGUUGCUUCUCGUCUUAAUCAUUAGAUUUUGUUGCAAAAGUACAUUCUGUUACACCUCGUCUCUGAGGACUCACUUUGAAACAGCUCCACUAUUUGAAAUGCCACUUCGAAAUACUUGGUGUCAGUUCCUCUGAACAUUCGAACAUCCUUCAGGUAACGCCUUCCACAAGUACCGCGUGAAGCGCAACUGCUGGCCAAAGGUUCGUGGUGUGGCGAUGAACCCGGUUGAGCAUCCUCACGGUGGUGGUAACCAUCAGCACGUGGGUCACCCCACCACCACCGCUCGUAACGCGCCGCCAGGUCAGAAGGUCGGUCUCAUCGCCGCCCGUCGUACCGGUAUCUUGCGUGGUGGUAACAAGAUGAACAAGUAAACUUAUGUCUUUUUACUUACGUCGUAGUACCGGUUGUACCUUACGUGGUGGUAAGACGAAGAUGGAGACUUGUUUUUGAGGCGCUGAAGAUGCGAACAUUUACAAGACGUCAGCAGAUGAAAGAAGCUAUUUCAUGCGUCGAAAAUGCUUGCGGCGGAGGUACCUCCUGGAUGAAGCGCAGCUACAGCGUGACAAAGAAGAUCCUUGGAGGGACGAUACGUCAAAAAAUCUGUUGAAAUUUGCACUAUGCUCUGAAUUUCUGAUUAUUUCGAUGAGAUGAAAGACUUAUCAUUCUGCAGAUUUGUAACAGCUGAGGAGAAUUGACUACCGAAAGACGAAAAAAGGCCUGCGUGCCCCCUCUAUGUGGAGGAGGCGCGCGGCGCGCCAUUGCGCCUGGUCGUAAGUGUCAUGGGAAGAUCCUGUGUUCCAGUCAGUGAGAAAACGCUUUUAUCUUUAGAUAAGCAGAGUUAGUAUGCAAGUUCAACAAAAG